AUGCUCCAAAGACUGUUAAAAGUGCAGCUGUACACCAAGCUCUCGAAGUGUGAGUUCCGUCAAGAGCAACUGGACUACCUUGGGUAUAGAAUAUCCAGCAGGGGUGUUGAGAUGGACCCAGCAAAAGUGAAGGAUGUACUGGGGUGGGAAGCGCCACGGACCUGGAGGCAGCUCCAAAGCUUCUUGGAGUUUGCUAACUUCUACCGGCAGUUUAUUCCAAACUUCGCUCAAGUUGCCCUGCCACUAACAGACUUACUUAAGACUCGGGGCAGCAGCAAAACCCCCAAGCCUAGCACGCCCCUCGCGUGGACCCCAGAGUGUCAAGAGGCAUUCGGGGACCUAAAACGAAGAUUCACCGCAGAGCCCAUCCUGCGCCACCCCAAUCUUGACCAGCGGUUCAUAAUCCAGGUGGAUGCCUCCGACGUGGUGACGGGAGCAGUCCUUCUAUAG